AUGUGUUGGGUUAUGGGCCAACUUAUUUCAGUCGGUGUACUUCGAGGAUUUCUCCAUCGCGCGGAUGAAUGGGGAUGGCGUGUUCCUUACGCAAUUCAGUGGAUGUGGCCAUUGCCCAUAAUUGUGGGCGUCAUACUUGCACCAGAGUCUCCGUGGUAUCUAGUACGGCAGGACAGGAUUGAUGAAGCGAGAAAAGUCCUUAAGGGCCUCGUGAGUGCCAAAAAUACCGACUAUAAUGUGGACCACCACAUCGCACUGAUCAUCCAUACAAAUGCCCACGAAAGGGCAGUCUCUGCAGGUACAUCGUACAAAAACUGUUUCACAGGAAUCGACCUCCGGCGGACAGAAAUUACUUGCUGCGUUUGGGUGAUCCAGGUCACUUGUGGAAUCUGGUUUGGUGGCAAUGUCAUCUAUUUCCUCCAACAAGCAGGCUUUGACGCACGCAAAUCUUUCGAUUUUGGACUGGGACAUAAUGCAGUCGCGUUGGUUGGCACGCUUUGCGCGUGGUGGAUCAUGCAAUACGUGGGACGUCGAACGCUGUACCUGUAUGGCUUGGGAAUCAACUUCACAAUCCUGGUGAUUGUGGGCUUCUUGGGCAUUCCGAAACCGAGCAGUACCAUUGCCUAUGCCACAGGAUCUCUACUGUACCUCUUUACCUUCACCUACGAUGUCACUGUAGGCCCAGUCUGCUAUUGCAUGGUAACGGAAAUCCCCUCGACACGAUUACGCAUCAAGACUGUGGCCCUGGCUCGAAAUUGCUACAACAUUGUGAGCAUCGGCGCCAAUUUUCUCAAUAACCCAAUUCUGAAUCCCUCGGCAUGGAACUUGCGCGGUAAGGGUGGAUUCAUCUGGUGCGGGUUUGCCCUUGUGUCUUGGAUCUGGAGUUACUAUCGGCUACCGGAGACGAAGGGGCUGAGUGCCAAUGAGCUGGAUGUCCUCUUUGAGCAGAAGGUCCCAGCCCGUCGCUUCUUGAAGGUAAAGGCAGAUCCAUUCAGAUCUGAGAAUCUUAAGGCUGUUCAGCUGGAGGCAACCACUCCUGUGGUAACACAUCUGGAGGAGAAGUAG